AUGUCAGACGAAGAAGAAUAUGAAUUCAUCCAAGCAGGAUCAAAUCACUCCCCUAUUCCAAAGGUCUUCGAGCUGCCCAAGCUGAACGGCCACGAUGUCUUCGAGGUUUCCGUUGGCGAACUACAACAUCUACUCGCCAUAGAUGCCUUCUCAAGCAAAGACUAUACACAGUUCUGUCUUGACCGCGUACAAAGAUGCAAUCCCUAUCUUGAAGCUGUCAUCGAGACGAAUCCGGAUGCUCUUACCACCGCGGAAGCACUAGACGAUGAGCGAAAGUAUGGCAAGUUAAGAGGCCCUCUCCAUGGCAUCCCGGUCCUUGUCAAAGAUAAUAUGGCCACCGCGGACCGCAUGCAAACCACAGCCGGCUCCUGGGCACUUCUCGGCUCCGUUGUCCCCAAAGACGCCCACAUCGUUCGUCUGCUGCGUGACGCCGGUGCCAUUCUCCUUGGGAAGUCCAACCUGGACGAAUGGGCUGGCAUGAGAGGUAGCGUCUAUAGUACCGGCUUCUCAGCACGAGGAGGCCAAUGUCGUAAUCCUUACGAUCUGACCAGAGAGCCAUCUGGAUCUUCAUCAGGAAGUGCCGUGAGUGUGAGUGCGAACAUAGUACCUUUGGCUUUUGGUACGGAGACGGACACUUCUAUCAUCAAUCCUGCGAUGGUGAAUGGAGUCGUGGGCAUCAAGCCUACUGUUGGUCUGACCUCGAGAUCAGGCGUGAUACCUAUUUCCGAGACGCAGGACUCGGUCGGACCAUACGGACGCUCAGUAGCAGAUGCUGCACUAGCAUUGGACGUCAUCGCCGGAAUCGACGAGGAAGACAAGUACACAAAGCACCCUGCGCGGCGCCAACCUCACAAUUACUUCUCAUACAUCACAGACUGUCACUCUCUCAAAGGUGCUAGAUUCGGCCUGCCCAUGGAACGCUUCUGGGAACUCGCACCACGACCGCAAAGAGCCGUAGCCGAGGGUGUACUCGACUGGAUGCAGAAAGCAGGUGCCACGAUAGUAGCGGUAGAUAUGCCUUGCGCGGAAGAACGCAUUCACGUCGAUGGCCAUUGGGACUGGGAACGCUACGGCAACACUGCACCCGACAAGUCCGAGAUCACGAUAAGUAAAGUCGAGACUUAUGACUUGAUGCGCGAGUAUCUCUCCAAACUGGAGAACACACCCAUGCGGACGCUAGAGGAUAUAGUAGCCUACAAUGACGCAAACAGAGGCACUGAAGGAGGCCAUACUGGUGACCUGCCAGCCUUCCACGAUGGCCAAGACCUCUUCCGUCGGUGCGUGGAUACCAGGGGCGUCAAGGACGAGAUAUACUACUCUGCGCUCAAACACUGCCAAACACAAUGCCGUGAAAACGGUAUUGACGCCGCACUCCAAUAUCACAAUCCAAAGACAGGAAAGCAAGAACAACUAGAUGCCCUCCUCUUCUGCGACAUCAAAAAUGCAGGCCAGUGCAUAGCCGCCCAAGCCGGGUAUCCCGUAAUCAGCAUACCCAUCGGUCUUGAUCCCGAGGGUAUGCCUGUAAGCUUGACGGUGCAGCAUACAGCCUGGCAUGAAGCAGAACUUGUGAGAUGGGGCAGCGCGAUCGAAGACCUAGUCUUACAUCAUAAAGGACCCAGAGCAACACCGACGUACAAGAAUCAUCUUAGGAAGAACGUUCCAGUGAAAUACGCAUGGAAGUAUCCUGGGGCGCCAAAGUGGUCGACGAGUAGUGUUUGA